AUGGAGCCUCGUGUUGGUAAUAAGUUUCGGCUCGGCCGGAAGAUCGGCAGCGGCUCCUUCGGAGAGAUCUAUCUCGGUACAAAUAUUCAGACAAACGAAGAGGUUGCUAUUAAGCUUGAAAAUGUCAAGACAAAACAUCCGCAGUUGCUGUAUGAAUCCAAGUUAUACAGGAUACUACAAGGAGGAACUGGGAUUCCAAAUGUAAGGUGGUUUGGAGUUGAAGGAGAUUAUAACGUUUUGGUGAUGGAUUUGCUGGGCCCUAGUCUUGAAGAUUUGUUUAACUUCUGUAGUAGGAAACUUUCGCUGAAGACAGUUCUUAUGCUUGCAGAUCAAAUGAUCAGUCGUGUUGAAUUUGUUCAUGCUAAGUCAUUUCUACAUCGAGAUAUCAAGCCCGACAAUUUUCUUAUGGGCUUGGGAAGGCGUGCAAACCAGGUAUACAUGAUUGACUUUGGUCUGGCUAAGAAAUACAGAGAUAGUACAACCCGACAGCAUAUUCCUUACAGAGAAAACAAGAAUUUGACUGGAACUGCAAGAUAUGCAAGCAUGAACACUCACCUUGGCAUUGAGCAAAGCCGGAGGGAUGAUUUAGAAUCUCUUGGUUAUGUCCUUAUGUACUUCCUUAGAGGAAGUCUUCCUUGGCAGGGACUAAAAGCCGGAACUAAGAAACAGAAGUAUGAGAAAAUUAGUGAAAAGAAGGUUUCUACUUCAAUUGAGGCAUUGUGUCGUGGUUAUCCAACAGAGUUUGCUUCAUAUUUCCAUUAUUGUCGCUCAUUACGAUUUGAUGAUAAGCCAGACUAUGUUUAUCUGAAAAAAAUAUUCCGCGAUGUCUUUAUUCGUGAAGGUUUCCAGUUUGAUUAUGUGUUUGACUGGACAAUUUUGAAGUAUCAGCAAUCACAGCUGGCUACUCCUCCAACCCGUGCUCUUGGUCCUGGUGCUGGAACUAGUUCUGGGAUUCCCCAUGCUGCUGCUAAUGUGGACAGGCAGACAGGAGAGGAAGAUGGACGGCCAACGGGUUUAACUUCAUUGGAUUCUUCUCGGCGGAGAAUACCUGGGCCAGCUCUCAAUUCCAUGAGCCUUUCGAAGCAGAAGAAUCCAGUUGCUAAUGAUGCUCCGUUAUCUAGAGAAACUCUUAUGUCGAAUAACAAUAUCUUGGGCCGGUCAGCUGGAUCAUCAAGGAGAGUUGCUGUUUCUAGCAGCCGUGAUGCAUUUGGUGGAAGUGAGUCUGAUCCUUAUCGCGCUCGUACAACCGAUGCUAGUCCUGGAGCACACAGAAUUUCGAGUGGGCGAAGAAGUUCACCGGUUGAGUCAUCAGACCCCAGUAGGAGACAUACCUCUCAAAGCAGGAACUAUGAAACAACCCUUAAAGGCAUUGAAGGUCUGCAUAUAGACAAUGAGGAGAGGGUUCAUUAUUAG